AUGGCACAUCUAGCACUAUCCUCUUCUAUAACUUACAAAUGGACUUUUAAUGUGUUUCUUAGUUUUCACGGUGAAGAUACUCGCUUAGGUUUCACCAGCCAUCUCUAUCGUUCUCUGCGUCAAAGUGGAAUUCAUGCCUUUCUCGAUGAUGAAUUCAUUAGGAUUGGAGAAAAUAUCACACCCGCGCUUUUUGAAGCUAUACAAAAAUCAAGAAUAGCCAUCAUAGUUUUCUCAGAAAACUAUGCAAACUCAACAUUUUGUUUGCAGGAACUUGAAAAGAUUCUGGAGUGCUUCAAGGAAGAGAGUCGGUUGAUAUAUCCAGUAUUUUAUUAUGUGGACCCAUCAGAACUGCGACGUCCCAGAGGAAGCUAUGCAGAAGCAUUGGCUCGACUGGAGAAAAGAUUCAAAGACAACAAGCACAAGGUGGAAAAAUGGAGGCUCGCUCUGUCUCAAGCCGCUGAACUCAAAGGCUGUCAUCUCAAACCCAAGUAUAUCUCUUCACUCUUUUCAUCAUCAUUAUCAUGA